AUGGUUUCGCUGGUGCAGGUCUCUCUGCUCAUCAAGCUGGGCAGUUACUCUGCCCUGUUCCUCAGCGUGGCCUAUGGAGCCAGGCGCUACAAUUACCCAAAACCCUGGGCAGAAGAAGAGAGGAGGAUAGCAGCUGAGGAGAAAAAGGAGCGGGAUAAGCAGAAAUGCAUGGAGUGA